AUGGCUCACAUGGAAGCCAUAGAGAAUUUUGAAGCCGCCAGGAAGUGCUUGCAAACUAGCUUAGAAAAAUCAACUGCUAUUGCUUCUGCAUUAGACGAAUCAGGAUCAAGAUUGGAGCUACUUAACCAGAGAUUUCGAUCCUUGGAAGAUGCAACCUCAGUGCAAAAAUGCUCGCUUGUUGACAUUGGAGACCACAUAGACACCGUUCUUUGCUCCGCAGCUGCAGUCCUCAAGGUGUUUGAAGCAGUUCAUGAGCUCGAGGAGUCUUUCUUGGCCCACCCCACCUGUGAUCUAUGCACCUAUAUCUCAAACACAAAGAAGCUUGAAGAAGCACUGAAGCUUCUCACUGAUAAUUCCAGGUUAGUACUUGGGUGGUUGCACGGAGUUUUUGAGUUCUUACUAGACAAAACAAUCACCAACGAGCGCUGCGUAUUGAAUGUGAGGAAAUCUUUGAGAAUACUACAAGAAUUGAAGGUCAUGGAAGAAGGUGCUCGUGGUGAUGGAGGUCUCCUCACUUCUGCCUUUGACAGACUAGAGACUGAGUUCCACAGGCUUCUCAUGGAGAACACUUUGCCAGAUUCUGUAACACACAAGUUGCAGGCCAUAGUUGAAAGAUUACACGCAAAUCACAGGCUGGACAAGUGUAAAUCCAUAUAUGUUGAAGUUCGAGGUAUGAAUGCUCGAAAAUGUGCGGAGAGUAUAGAUUUGAGUUACCUUGAGAUGCCAACAGCUGAAUUUGAGGAUUUGCAUGUUAUUGGGAGCUACAUAGACCAAUGGGGCCAGCAUUUGGAGCUGGCUGUGAAGCAUCUUCUUGAGAUCGAGUACAAGCUCUGUAGUAAUGUCUUUGAGAAAAUUGGUCAAGAAACUUGGAUGGAAUGUUUUGCAAAGAUUGCUAUUGACACAGGAAUUCUCUCUUUUCUCCAAUUUGGAAGCAACGUUGCUGCGAGUAAAAACGACCCCAUCAAGUUGUUGAAGCUGCUGGACAUAUUCAGAGUCCUAGAUGGCCUAAGACUAAAAUUCAACCAACUUUUCAAUGGGAAAGCUUGUGAAGAAAUUAGAAUUGUGACAAAGGAUCUUGUGAAUGGAGUUGUCAACGGUGCUGGUGAGAUAUUCUGGCAGCUUCCAGCACAAGUGAAGUUGCUAAGGCCAAGUUCUCCUCCCACGGAUGGCAGCGUUCCCAGGGUGGUGAGUUUUGUAACUGAUUACUGUAAUCAGUUACUUGGGGAUACCUAUAGACCACACUUGACACAGGUUCUGAAAAUUCAUAUAAGCUGGAGAAAGGAAGUGUAUGAAGAGGGUAUUGUUUUCACCCAAAUUUAUAACAUAAUUAAGGAAAUUGCUGUUAAUUUAGAUGCUUGGUCAAAGGCCUAUGAAGACAUCACUUUGUCUUGCCUUUUUAUGAUGAAUAACCACUGCCAUUUCUACAAUUUGCGGGGUACUGCUGUUGGGAAUCUGAUGGGAGAUUCUUGGCUAAGAGCUCAUGAAGAAUACAAGGACUAUUAUGCAGCACUUUAUUUGAGGAAUAGCUGGGAAAACCUUGUACCUAUUCUUGUAGUUCGAAAAGACUUGCUGUCGUCCUCCGUGACAGCCCAAGAUUUUGUCCAGAGACUAAAUGCUUUCAAUGUAGCUUUUGACGAAAGGUAUAAGAAGCAAUCUAACUGGGCCAUCAGUGAUGAGGUGUUGAGGGAAAAUAUAUGCAAGCAUUUGGUGGAGGGCAUUGUACCAACCUAUAGGGCCUAUGUGAAGAACUACAGCUUGUCAAUUGAAAACGAUGCCAAGCAUAUAAAAUAUUCAGCGCAGAUUUUAGAGAACAUGAUUAGGUCUUUAUUUCAGCCCAAGCUGAGCAAGUAUGGGAGAAUCAAACAAACAGAUUUGAUCGGUAAAUUAAAAUAUGCCAGCAAGCAAUUUCGUUCCACUCUUAAUGCACUAUAAUUGUGUACUCCAUUUUCUUUUCAUUUAGCAAAAUGAAAGUGAAUGUACAAUUAGCUCAUUUAAAAAAAUGUAUAAAGAUAUAGAACAUUGGCUUGUAGACAUUCAUUUAAUGCAAUGUCUAAUAACUUGGUUGCUUGGGUGUGCAAUGCUGACUUGCUGAGAAUUCUUCUGAUAUUUGAAUCUCUUCGGAAAAGACCAUAGUGCGGAUUCUGUACCCUUA